UCAAUUUUUCCUCUACUUACAGCGCUUUAUCCAGUAUCUUGCGUCCCGAAACACAUUGUUCAAUCUUAAUAACUACCUAGACAAAAGUGCCAUGCAGGGCUAUGAUAUGUCUACCUUCAUUAGGCGGCAUAGCAGAUACUUGAAUGAAAAAGCACUUUCAUAUAGACUUGUAGCAGUUGACUUCACCAAAAUGAAAAGAGGGAUAGAUGGAGUGAUGAGAACCAUGAAUGCUGAAAAGCUUCUGAAAACCCUUCCAAUCAUACAGAAUCAGCUUGAUGCGCUCCUUGAUUUUGAUGCAAAUCCAAAUGAACUAACAAAUGGUGUUAUAAAUGCUGCCUUCAUGCUACUCUUUAAAGAUUCCAUUAGACUUUUUGCAGCAUACAAUGAGGGGAUUAUUAAUCUUUUAGAAAAAUAUUUUGAUAUGAAGAAGAACCAAUGCAAAGAAGGCUUGGAUAUUUACAAAAAAUUUCUAGCCAGAAUGACCAAAUUGUCAGAAUUCCUCAAAGUAGCAGAGCAAGUUGGAAUUGAUCAGGGUGACAUUCCAGAUCUUACUCAGGCACCCAGCAGCUUGCUUGAAGCCUUGGAGCAGCAUUUGGCUUCUCUGGAAGGAAAGAAAACAAAAGAAGUCUCUGCUGCCAGCAGAGCUAGUGCCCUAUCCAGUGCUGUUUCCACACUUGCCAGCACAGGAAUGUCAUUUAGCAGGAUGGAUGAGAAAGAGAAGCAGCAGGCAUUAGAGGAGGAACAAGCUAGAUUGCAGGCACUAAAGGAGCAACGAUUAAGAGAGAUUUCUGUGGUAUCAAAUUCCACUUCCACAUCAGCAUCUCCAAGCACCUUAUCAGGAAAAAGUGUGAAUACCACUGCAGCUGUUGACCUUUUUGCAGCACCAGCACCCACAACAAAUAGCAUGCCCAACCUCUCUAGUGAUCUUUUUGAUCUUCAGCCUACGUUUGUUCCAACUGUACAGAGUACUCCAGCUAUAGCAACAUCAGCAAGCAGUGCAUGGGGAGGUCCUUUCUCGUCCUCAAAUGGUUUUGUUGGUUCUCCACCUCAUCUGGACAUCUUUGACAUGAAGCCAGUUGAAGAAGCUGUAAAAUCUGUCACUCCUUUCAUCAGUUCUACAUUUUCCUCCAAACAAACAGUGGAAUUGUUCAGUGAUGACUUUAGUGGUCAUAAACCUGCAUAUACCUCUGUGUAUCAUCCUCUUGCUGUUGAUGGGUUUCCUCUUCAUUCAGCUCCUCCGAGUACCACCUCUUCAUCAAUUAAUGCAGACUUUGAUGCUGUUUUUGGUGGAAAAUCUACUGCACCAGAGUACAGGCCUACUAAUGCUUUCACUCUUCUAGAUGAGGUAUUGCAACCUACAGUACCACCACAAAGUCAAAGAAAUGUUUUGGCCAGUCAGCAAAGUGGAAAAAUUUUGGCAAAUGAUCUUGAUUCUUCACUUGCUAAUCUUGUGGGAAAUCUUGGCUUUGGAGGAACUCCACCCAAAAAAUCAGAUAUGCAGUGGACCCAGCCUACAGAGAAGAAACUUACUGGUGGAACAAACUGGCAAGCGAAAACAAGCACAUCAACCACAUGGAAUCCUACUCCCUUAUCCACUAUUCCACAUAUGGUACCCGCUCCUAUUGCGUACCCAGUGACCACACCUCAAGUGCCUGUAUACGGAAUGGUACCUCCUCAGAUUGGAGCUGCUCCUUUGAUGGCACCCCAGUCAAUGAUGUAUACGCAGCCUGGUCUAAGGCCAACAAACCCUUUUGCACCUGUUUCUGGAACUCAGAUACAGUUUAUGUAAAGCCGCCAAAGCAACAAGGUGUGUGAACAACCAAAUACUG